AUGGCCAGUUUUGACGAUGUGAAAUGGAUGCGAGACUACUUUCCUAUAUCACUUGUAAAGACUGCGGAGCUGGACGCUUCUCAAAAAUACGUGUUUGGGUACCAUCCUCAUGGCAUUUUCCCUUAUGGCUCGAUGAUAGCUUUUGGCACCGACGCACUUUCUAUCUCAAAACUCUUCCCUGGUAUCAAUUUUCGAGUUAUGACCAUGGGCUUUCUAUUUUAUCUACCUGGGUUUCGGGAGUGGGCAGCUGCUCAAGGAGCUGGAAGUGUCAGCAAAGAUUCCUGUGUGGAAGCUUUAAGAAGAGGAAACAGUCCCGUUAUUGUUUUUGGCGGAACCAGGGAUAUGGGAUAUGCAAUACCUGGAACGUAUGACUUGGUAGUGAAGAGAAGGCUCGGAUUCAUCAAGUUGGCUAUUCAAAAUGGAGCUCACGUUGUUCCUAUCUUCAGUUUUGGCGAGAACGAUACAUGGGAAACUGCAGGUCAUCCCUGGCUCCGGCGAUUUCGGGAAAUCUCUCUCAAGCUGGUUGGACGUUCUUUUGUGAUCCCUUAUGGCCAAGGACUCUUUGAUGACGACAAACCGGGACUGAUGCCAUAUCGUAGACCCAUUGUCAUCGUAGUUGGUCGACCUAUUGAAUGCCCCCACCAGUCAGAUCCAACGAACGUCGUUUUGAUCAAUAUUCAAGAACAAUAUUUGGCUGAACUACAAAACAUCUGGGAACAGUAUAAGGAUAUAUAUGCCAAGGAUCGCAAGUCGGAAUUACGAUUUGUUGAUUAG